GGCGACCCUGCGCAUGCUAUCUCCCGUCACCCCCACCUCUAAAGCUUGACACCAUCAUUGGAGUCGAUAAGCGUCACGGAGUGUUUUUUAAGAAGUGUUGUUUCACGAUUAUAUUGAGUCGGUGAGUGACUUGGACCGGAUCUCUCAAGAUUAUUUCUUCCCCUGCUUGAAUUGGAAGACGCCAUCCUGAGAGAAUGAACUUCAAAUCUGUCGUUCGAUUUGCCGUGAUUUUGACCAUCGCCAUAGGUCUUAGUAUAAUGGUUAUACAUCACUGGCUCAACAAUAAAACCUACCUCCUUGAUGACAAGAUUGUUGCACAGAUUGCUGAAAAAUAUGUUGGACUGCCCCACGAGGAGGCUUUUGACAGAGUCUACUCUGACCUCAUGAAGAUGUUUCCGGGUCACAUCUUACCACCAGAGGAUACCGAGUGGAUGUUUGUAUGCGCAGGAGGAUGGAAAGGUGCGAUGCGCAUGAUCCAUGCCUCCGUCACGGAGUAUGUGACGUUCUUUGGGACAGCUGUUGAUACAGUGGGACAUUCAGGACGGUACUGGGCCAAUAUAUCCGACACUGUCAUGACCGGCACUUUCAGGCAAUGGACGGAAGGGACAACACAAAGCCAAGUCUUUAUCCCAGGUGACACGAUACUUCACGCCUGGGGUGAUGUUACAAUGGUGCAGUGGAGCGAGGGAACAUGGAUGGUUGAAUACGGGCGAGGUUUCAUCCCAUCCACGAUGCCUUUUGCUUUAUCAGACGCCAUCUCAAGUACUCAGGAUAUAUGGAGCAUUGUCAAAGUCGUCAGAAUGUACAUUACAUUUCUGUCGAAUGAAAUGCUGUGUUUUGUAAAUGAAAUGAGCAGUUGAUCUUCACGAUGUGGUUAUUUCUUUUGUUUGGUUUACCUUUUCUUGUUAUGAGUAUCAUUGAGGCUGUUCCUUAAAGGCAGUGGACACUAUUGGUAAUUACUCAAAAUAAUUAUCAGCAUAAACCCUCACU